GAUUCGCAUAUUAUACGUAACCUGAAGUUGAAUCGCCAGUCCAUACGUGUUAUUGCUGCAGUCUGCCGCUUCUCGUCAUAUAUUCUCGCAACAAGUAUACUAUACAUCGAUUAGACAUGCGAAUAAUAAGCGUUUUUAAGAAGCACUAGCAAGCAUUAUGUCUGGGGCUAAGCGAGAUUUUCUUUCCAUCAGCCUCGGUUUUGAUGAUGACCAGAAAGAAACACGGAAAAGACAGUCUGUUUGGAGAGUAUGGAAAAGACUUUCAAGCCUCCAGAGAAGUGUGAUUUGCCUGAUUUUAGUUCUAGGAGGACUAAGUGCAUUAUACAUUUUGCCGGCUAUUCACCAUGGCAACCGUUUGUCGGGUGAUGAUUCUAAGUCAAGUAAGGACAAGAGGCAGGCUGUGGACUCAAUAUCUCAUAAUGCUGAUAACGGUGGUGAAUUCUUCCAGGACAAAAUAUUGGGACAGGGGAAUAAUGACAACCAACAGAUACAAGCUCCACAACCAGGACUGCCCAAGCUAAAUAAACAUGAUGACCUAAAGAGGGUUGCCAAGCAACAGAUUAAUGAGUAUAAUAAACGUCUACAGAAACAAAGGAGACCAGGAAUGAAGCCGCCACUGCAGCCCAAACAUGUCGUAGACCGACCACCUAAUGGAGGUGGAGAGGAGGUAGGCUUACUUCCUCCUGAUGAGAAACAGGAAAUACUUGAAAGGGAUGAAAAUGGGGACAAUGGAAAGGAAGAUGAUAAUGACAAAGAUGACAAUGUAGAUGGUCAGCUGAAUCAGCCAGAAAAAGGAGCAGACCCUGACUUUAAUGUGGAUCAGCAUGUUGUACCACCCUAUGACUACUUUAAUCAGGACGGUAAGCGGACAGACAGACAGGAGGCUGUAGUGGAUGCAUUCCGGUAUGCCUGGAAAGCCUACAAAAAGUAUGCCUGGGGACAUGAUGAGUUCCACCCUAUUACCCGCACACACUCAGAGUGGUUUGGAGUAGGACUUACAAUAGUAGAUUCACUGGACACACUGGUCAUUAUGGGACUCAAACCAGAAUUUGAUGAUGCCAGAGAAUGGGUUGCAACUGAACUAACUUUUGAAAAAGACAAAGAUGUGAACUUGUUUGAAAUCACAAUCCGUGUCCUUGGAGGGCUACUGGCCACAUAUCAUCUCACAGGGGAUGAUCUAUUCAAGGAAAAGGCUACUGACCUGGGAAACAGACUACUGCCAUGCUUUAAUUCACCAUCUAAUGUACCGUUUUCUGAUGUGAACUUGAUGACAAGUCGUGCUCAUGCCCCACGAUGGGGCCCAGACAGCAGCACAUCCGAGGUCACCACCAUACAGAUUGAGUUCAGGGACCUCUCCCGCGUCACCAAGGAUGACAAGUAUGAGAAAGCUGUAAUGGCUGUGAGUAACCACAUCCAUAGCUUGCCCAAAAAGGAUGGCUUGGUGCCUAUCUUUGUCAAUGCCAACACUGGAUCCUUCAGAGGAACUAGCACUAUCACGUUUGGGGCCCGAGGAGACAGCUACUACGAGUACCUUCUCAAACAAUGGAUCCAGACAGGCAAGACAAUGAACAUGUUUAAGGAUGACUUUGUGAAUGCCAUUGAUGGAGUGAAGAAACACCUGCUGAGAGAGUCAUCUCCCUCCAAACUUUUGUACCUGGGGGAGCUGUUGGGGGGACGUACAUUCAGUCCAAAAAUGGACCACCUUGUGUGCUACCUGCCAGGUACGAUGGCCCUUGGAUACAAGAAUGGUUUACCGUCAGACCACUUUGACAUUGCCAAGCGUCUAACAGAGACCUGUUACCAGAUGUACGCCCGGAUGCCUACCAAACUCAGUCCAGAAAUUGUCUAUUUCAGCCAGGCUGCACAGUCUAAAGAGGACCUUAUUGUCAAAGCACCAGAUGCUCACAACCUCCUGCGGCCAGAGACUGUGGAGAGCCUCUUCUACAUGUACCGCCUCACAGGGGACAAAAAAUAUCAGGAAAUGGGCUGGAACAUAUUCCAGGCCUUCCUAAAGCAUACAAAGGUGGAAAAUGGUGGAUUUUCAUCCAUUCAUAAUGUGAAAGCCAUAAAAGCAACGUUCCGAGAUAAGUUGGAAAGUUUCUUUUUAGCAGAGACAUUAAAGUAUUUAUAUCUUUUAUUUGGGGAUGACGAUUCAUUAAUACCCUUAGACAAAUUUGUCUUUAACAGUGAGGCUCAUCCUCUGCCUAUUUAUUCUUCAUGAGGAGUUCCGAGGGAAGUAAGGUAUGUCUGUAAUGCUUCGGAUGAUGAGUAUGUUAGAGAAGUGGCUUGAGAAAAGAUGUCUGCAGGAGCAUGAAUGAUGUGUGUAAAGAGAUAUUCGUUUGAUACAGGAUGUCAAGGUUUGGAUGGUGUCGUUAGGGAUUGGUUUUUCUCCCACCCUUCACAGGUGUGUCUCCCGUUUUAGCCGGGAAAGAUCAGCUUGUCAUCCCCUAGGGGGAGAUAG